AUGUCUGAUUCUGUUGUUUACGACUUUAAGCUUGCCAAAGCACCUCUUUAUUCCCACUGUUUUUCGCAGGAUAGAUCAAUCCUAGCGAUUACCUUGAACACUGACUGUUUGGUCUUUAGAUUGGUGGCUCACGGGAAACCACAAUUGGUAGCUACCCUGACAGACCACGACAAAACGGUCACCUCGGUCGACAUCUCGAUCCACGGACGUAUCGUUACUUGUUCUCAGGAUCGCAAUGCCAUCGUAUGGGAACCUUUGAGCGAUGGCUCUUAUAAGCCCACACUUGUUCUCUUACGUAUAAACAGGGCAGCAACGUGUGUCAAGUGGGCUCCAAGUGGGUAUAAAUUCGCCGUGGGAUCCUCCGCCAGGAUCAUCGCUAUUUGCUACUACGAACAGGAAAACGAUUGGUGGGUCUCUAAACACAUCAAGAAACCUAUCAAAUCGACCAUCAAUUGUUUGUCGUGGCAUCCCAAUGGAAUCAUGCUAGCCUGCGGAGGUACGGACGGCUACGUUCGGGCAUUUUCAGGGUUCGUUAAAGGUCUGGACUCCAAAGAGCAGGUGUCUAACUCUCCUUGGGCAGACAAGUUCCCCUUUGGAGCUCUAAUCCGUGAAUGGUACGACGGUGCUUGGAUCCACGGUGUUGCCUGGAGAGGCUCUCAGGAAAAGCUGGCGUUUGUGACUCAUAGCGGUACUUUAAACGUCGUGAACUCAUCUGACGAAAUUUCCAGUGCAGAAUACCCUGAGGGUCUGCCAUUGACCUCUGUUGUAUGGGUUAAUGAUCACGAAGCCGCUUGCGGUGGUUUUUCAUGUCAUCCGGUACUGUUUUCAGAGGGCGCACACGGCUGGCAAUUUGCCAAAAACAUCGACAAGAGCGUCGAUGCCCGUACGCCUGUGGCUGCAAGCUUCAAUGGCGAAGACCAAGAUGAAAAUCCAACAUUCGGUAUCUCAGCAUUGAGAAAGUUCAAAGAUCUUGAUCUGAAGGGCAAAGUUUCAACUCAAGUCAAGGAAAGCACCCACGAAAAUGCCAUUACGGAACUUGCACCUUUCGCGGAAAGUGGUGGAAACGUCACCGAAAUAUCUUCAUCUGGUCUUGACGGGAAAAUCGUUGUCUAUAGAGUUUAG